GCUUGCCAACACGCCCCACGCCCAAAAUCAGAGAUAAUCGCUUGUUGCGCAUUUGCGUGGUCGAUAAGCACUCAAGAUUUCGCCAACACUAAGCUGCAAGGCUACCAAGACGGCAUCUAUCGCCGUACCUAUGUCAUUGCUAAGCCAACUGCUGCUGAAUUUCAAUCAAAAGGCCCAAACCAGAAGCCAUCACAAUCUAGAGCUGAUAAACUCCUUCAUAACAUAACAGAGAGCUGUCGAUCAGCUCGCCAAACAGACGAUCCUCACAAUACACAGACGCGACCGAGACGAACCGUUUUGCCCUCAAACGUUAGGGAGAUAUUCGCAAACAUUUUUUACCGCAAGAGAAAAAAGAAAUUAAACCAAAAGAAAAUGAACUUACAUCUGUGCGCCAUAGCGCUGCUGCUGUUCGGGAGCCUCGCGGGCACCCACGGCCGUCCAACGAGCGAUGAUAUACUGGACGACAAUAAUGCUGUUGACAACUCCAUCCAAGUGGAUGAAACCACCGAGACCAAGCAGAAGGCGAGCAUCUUUCCCGAUGACUGGCUGAAAUUCACCAAGACACCGCCCGCCAAGCUGCAUCAGGCACCCGGCGCUACCGUGGAGAUUGUCUGUGAAGUUAUGGGCUCGCAGGUGCCCACCAUUCAAUGGCUGGUGAAUCACUUUCCCUCCGACGAGCUAAAGGAUCAGGAGUCCAACAUCAUCACCGUAGAUGCGCCCAGUGCCAUUGUGCGUGUGCGUUCGGUGUACGUGAUUGACCACAUGCUAAGCACGUCCAGGGCUUAUACUUGUGUGGGUCGCACCGGCUCCAAGACUAUUUAUGCCACCACUGUGGUGCAUCCAUCGCACUCCGCGCAGGGUCUCAUUGCAACGGAUAAGCAGUACGAGACGCCACAGAAGCCACGCAUUACCUUGACGGAGAAAACGCAUCUGGAUCUGGUUGGCUCCGAUGUGAUGCUGCCCUGCAGGGUGCACUCUGUGCCACGUGCCAGGAUCACCUGGCGCAACAACGAGGAUAAGGAAAUUGUGCCCAGCAAUCGCUACAAACUGCUGCCCACUGGUGAGCUCCUCAUCUCGAACAUCAAAUGGGAGGACAUGGGCAACUACAAGUGCACAGCCCAGAACCCCAUUGGCCGAGAUACAGCCGAGACCUUCCUGUACCCUGUACUUAAGGAGCAAGACUAAAGAUUCCACAACAAGGCUAUUGAAUUGACGGGAAACAGUUUUUAGUUAGUUAGUUAGAUCAAAUGCCUUUGAAGCUGCGUGAAAACAAAAAAGAAAUACCAUAAGAAAAAUACAACAAAAAAAAUUAAACAAAACUGAAAAAAUGCACACAAAAAAAAGUUUAUAGUUUUAAGCUUUCAACUCUAGAAUCUAAUGCCGGCUUAGACUUUAAUAUUUUUUAUGCACUAUUCUUGCUUAACAAACUAUUCGUUUAGUUACUAAGUUUAAACCCAAAAAUGGAUUUCGAAUAUUUAAGUUAUAUUUCUAUUAUUUUUGUCAUAAAUCAGGUUAUUGAUGAAGAAAGUUUCGUUAUGUAAGUAGCAAUGAUUGUUCCUAAACAAUUCAGGCAAAUCUCUAGUUAACGUAAUUGGCCGUUACUUAAUGUGUGGCUAUGAGCCAAAUACCACCAGCACCACCACCAAAAACAUUCAAGCACCCAACAUUCAACAUCAUCAACAGCAGUUCGAAUUCCUUCGAUGCAUGCCAAACAAGAAUUAAUUUAUUGAAUUACCUACAUCAUUACCCAUCGUCCAUAUUACAUGUAAAACGGAAAAGUAUUCACAUAAAUGAAAGAACAGUCUUUAUACAUACAAACAAAAGCAUACAUAGUAUAUACGAUUCACUUAUACGAUCAGAAUAUUUUUUAUUAUUUUGUAAGCUAAUU